AUGUCGACACAACCCUACCUGUCACUGCUGUGUCCUAAUGGGGUAUUUUCUUCUUGCGAACCCUUCAUCACUAACACCCCACUAGCUCAACCCCUCAAGCAGAUCUGCGGUUAUAAUGACCUUGUCGACGUGUCAACUUUGGAAAAGUGGCAGUUCCGCAAUCGUAAACAGGAACUCGAUCGUUUCGCGCAACUGGUCGCGGAUUUUGGAGAGUCACAGCAACGACUGGUCGCGCUUCUAUACGGACCCCCGGGCCUUGGCAAGACAGAACUCGCUGUUCACGCUCUAAAGUCACUGCCUUCGGUCAGGGAAAUGAAUAUAUUUACGGUGGACGGCGAUAGUGAGGUCACCCUCCAAAAUAGCUUUCGGAACAUAGCAAAUAUCCUUCACAUAGCUCCAUCUCGGGAACAUGGCCUUCCAGCCUUAGCCCCAGCACCUGCGGUAGCACAAUCUAUCGAGGAAACUGUGCGUGACGUUGUUUACCAUCUAGCUAGCACGUCAAUCCCAUGGGCCAUGCUGGUCGAGAGUUAUAGUGCGACAUUCGAAAUCCGCAAAUAUUUACCGGAUAACCCGCGUGGGAUUGUGGUUGUAUGCGCCUCUGACCAGCAUUCGGCGGCUAGCUUACUGGGCGUCCCGGCGCAUUGCAGGUUGUCGGUAUCGCAGCCAUUAAAUGAGAAUGAAUUGUCGAGGUUGUUCUGGAGUACCGUCACUGGCGACUUAAACCAUGUCCCGGACCCAUCAGCGGCUCGAGCGCUCCAGUAUCUGAUUGACAAACUCGGAGCUCAUACGCUAUCAGUGCGGGUUGCAGCCAACUAUUUUGCGCCUGCAGGCGAGGCAACUAGCCAGGACAUACAAGACUACAUGGCGGCAAUCGAUCAUCAGUCAAUAGCGCACAGCGGAGAGAUCAAUGAGAAGCUUUGGCAGGCCUGGCAAGUUAUUAUGGACAAGCUCGAGAGGGAGACAGGAGAGGUUGCCCAAGAUGCCCGGGAAUACUUUUGGCUCCGUGUCUUGUUUUCACAUCACCACUUACCAACGACCCGGCUCUUUCAUAAUGCAUUUUCCACACGUCACGGGAACGAUUGGAUCCCACACAACCAUGGCCCCCGAUUCCUUGGCACCCACGAAGAAUGGCAGAGUAAGCAGCGUUUUGAAAAUGCCGAACGCUUACUAUCGCGGUAUGGUCUUCUUUCCAUCUCCUCUAUCUCGAUGAUCGGGGGCGAAGAACGAGGGACCAAGAUGUUGAAGGCGUUACAUUUGUUCGCAAGGCAACGUCUAAGAAAAGAAAAUCGUCAAAAAAGCAACCCGGCUGACUAUACAUUCGCCGCAUUUUGUGUACUAGGCGAGUCGAUUAAAUGGAGUUUCGCAGCCGAUGAAGUUGCGUACAGACACACCUUGGUUCCGCAUGUGAAAGAGUGUUUGGAGUGGGGUGAGGCUCAUUUGCGUAACAUGGACGCCAAAACAGCCGGGAACGUGCUGUUGAAUUUUGCCGCCGUCUAUGUCGAUGGUGGCCUCUUUCAAAAGGCUCUGGGACUCCAGAAAGAGGCAUUAGAUCGUUUGGAACUGGAAUUUGGGCCGACGUUUGAUAUGACCCUUAAAGCGAUGAGCGAGGUUGCAUCUACAGAAGAUCUUUUGGGCGAAUCCGCCGAAGCUAUGCAGCUGCGUGAGGUGGUUCUCCACUACCGACAGCUACAAUAUCAGGCAAAUAAGAAUGAUCCUGAUGUAGAGCGAAAGUACGACAUCGCUGCAGCCCAAAUAGCCCUCAGCUAUGCUCAAGUUCCCGGGCGGAAGCACGAUGCAAUGCACUAUCGAGAAAUGGUCGUGGAACACGCCACCGCUGUCUAUGUCUCCUCUUCCCAUCUUAACACAAAUAGGCACGGCCGAUUAGCUUUACUGAAAGCUAAACGGGAAUUGGCUAUGAGCUAUCAUGAGCUGGAUCGGCGACACGAAGCCCACCAGUUACGCGAAGAAGUCGUCAAGGAACUUGGCAAUGAACAGCAUGUCUUUGCCCUGAAUGCACGACGUGAACUGCUUGUUAGCAUCAUGGACGCCCGCCAGUUUCUUCUAGCUCAAGACAUGGCCAACAAUACAGUUAAAAGCUCAGAAUACCUACUAGGUGAAAAUCACCCAGACACUGUGCUGGCGCGGACGACGCGUGCUGCAUUGAAAGCCCUGAUGGGUGAGAACGACGUUGCCAAGACUGAGCUUCAGAAAGCAGUCCCAUCAUUGAAGACCUUGCAGGGAGGAAAUUCUUCCACAACUAUUACGACUAUCCAUGCCAUGGUCGACCUAGCCCACGUUCACCGGGCAAUGAAUGAAGAUGGCGAGGCCAUUCGGAUCUUGGACGAAGUUUCUAAGUAUUUUGAAUCCCAAGGUAAUACGUACCAAAAAUUGCGAGUUGAGAUGGAAAUCGCGAUGCUUCUCCAGCAACAAGGGUCGAGGGUCGCCCUCGAUCGUAUGAACUCUAUCAUUUUAGAGUUUUUGGCGCAAGGGUAUCCGGCUCACGACCCAGCGGUCCUCUCAGCGCGCCUACGCCUAGCAGGGUGUUUUCACCAAUUUGGACAUCUCAUUGACGCAGCUGCUGAAUAUGAAAGAAUUUUGGCAUUGAGUUUGGAUGUUAAUGGAGACACACUAACAUCAAAUGGAUUGAAAGCGCAGCUGCGACUGGCAACAGUCUAUGAAAAACUAGCAGCAACAGCCUCGGAUGCACAGACUGACUAUGAUGCCUUCCUCGCGGCGGGAGUAACUUCCCGACUAAUAGAGGGUGAUGACCAGCUUUCUGUGGACGAAGAACUAUCAUUUGCGAGGUUAUUAAAAAACAUCCUUCUCCAUUGCUGCGGAGGCUCAAGUAUGAAGAAUGCAGAGACAUUAGUUUGCCCAACGCCCGAGGAUUUGGGUCAUAUUGUUUAUCGAGGGAUGUCCUGCAGGAUGCUGCGGGAUACAGCCUUGAUGCUUCGGGAAGAGGCUGUCAACUCUGCGGUCGGGCCCGAGCAUGAUUCUAUCGUCAUUGUCAACCAGCUUACAGCUCAAGCGUGCCAUGAAUUGGCCGACAACUAUGCUGCUCGUCGUCAAUACAAUAGGGCAGUAGUGCUUCAAUCUGCUGUGGUUGCAUUUUAUUUGGAGUAUGUGGGGCAAGCCCACUCGGACUCAUUCCUCCAUCAACACCGAUUCCAGCAAUGGACAAAACUUACAUUGUCGCAGCGUGGGGAUUAA